AUGACGAAACCUGUUGGAUGGUGUGCCACAUGGCUUCCUUUGAUCAAAAUUGCUCAGGCUAUUUGCCAUUUCAUCGUAAUCAUAAUGUUCCUAGAUGGUCGUGCGCAAUGGUACAUGUACAAUGCCAUCUUCAUCUUCUCAUUUCUCGCCCUUUUCUUCUCGUUCUUCACAAUUUUGCUCCGGUUUUUCGAGCUCACCGAUUUGCACAUAAUGUCGUUUAACUUUGCGGCCAUGAUAAUUAACUUUCUGCUCAUGUCGAUAAGUUUGGCAUUUUCUGGGCUCCUAAUUUGGGAUAUUUGUAAUAUGAGAGAGGGACCAAUCAAGAUACGGUAUCAUCAAAGACUGCCACCAGCGAACAUUGGAAAUGAUGCAUGGAUUAGGAGAUGCGUCGUUGCUGCGACAUCCCUUCUAUUGGCUGGAAUUCUCUACCUGAUCACAUAUCUCAAACUUCGUUCAGUUUCAUCUAAUUGA